CGCCGCGCCAGCCGCUCUGCGAGAUUAUUGCCUGCGAGUUAGAGCACGCAAACGUGCUAAUUUUUACUGAGCCCCGACCGCAUCGCUGCGGCAGCACGUCGUAACACAUAUGACUGAUCGCCUCCUCGAGUUCCGCAGCGCCUGCCGCUUGGCAAGGAGACGCCUCGGCGUCGGCCCGCCUGCUCCAGCCCCGCUGCCGGCGCUGCACACGUCGCUGGCCGCGCGCCGCGCGACGCAAGUGAACGCGAAGCUGACGGAAAUCGACGGAAGACUCGCGAAUUUGCGCGCGGCGGCCGGGCGCGAGCACGACGCCGGCACGAAUAGUUUCGACGCCGCGGCGCAGGCCGCCGAGCGCGACUGCGCCUGGGCCGACCGCGCUCUGCGGACCAUGGAGGGCGACGCCAAUCAAGCGUCGGGGUCGCGGCGAGGCCACGAGCGCGCGAUGGCACAGUGCCUGCGGUCGAAGCUCUCCGAGCGUCUGGAGGCCCUGCAGGAGGCGAUGAAGGCCAGACAGCGGGCCCUCAAGGUCCAGCACAAGCGGAGGACGAAAUUCAGCCACGCGGGCCCGGCGAUCUCGACGCGCGUCCAAUUGGACACGCCGCUCUUCUCGACGGCCUUCGUGCCCAAGCACGCCGUUGUUGAACCACCGAAGCAAGCCCCAAAACCGAAGCCGCCGCCGCCGCCGAUGACAGAUCCUUUUGCGAUGUCGUCGGCGUUCUCCACCCAAACCGGCAUGCGGUCAAGACGGCCUCAACAGGUGGAGGAGACGUCGAGAUUAGAGCGGCAGCAGCAGCAGCAGCGGCAGCAGCUGGUGCUCGAGCAGAACGCGCGGCAGCGGUUGGACCAUGCUUUAGAUGUGGAAAAAGAGAUCGGGAAGCUCGGCGAGGUCUUUUCGAGGUUUGCUGGUCUCGUGGCGCAGCAGGCCGAGGUCGUCGAGCGGCUCGACGACGACGUCGAGGCGUCGCGUGCGGAUGUGGAUGCGGGCCAUAGCGAGUUGACGCGCGCGCACGAGCGGAUUCGCGGGAACCGGGCCUUGUACCUGAAGAUCUUCGGGAUCAUUGGGGCGCUUACGGUGUGGACGGUCAUGUUCUAAGUUUAUUUGUUGUGUUG